GGUUUGAUUCUGUAAAUUAUUUCUACGCGAAACUCGGAAUUUUUUUGUGGGUACCGGUGGCGUCAAAGGUAAAUACUGCUUCGCUCUGGUUAACAUGUCCAUAUAUUUGAGCACAGCUCUCUUGUUGAUAAGUGACCCCAAAAGAGCUGCAGUAACGUCAAUAAAUAUUUGUUUAGACGCCAUCUGAUAUCGGUUGACUUGAGACAAUAUAAGUUAAUGAGCUCAGGUGAACACCUGAGAGAAUACCAAAGCUGAGACUACCACAAUCAGAAAAUAGUAGAAGUCUGAUUACGGUACUUGUUCUUCUGAAACAAUAUUUUUACCAUAAUGGUUGAGGGGAAUGUGAAUAUAUUUUGAAUUAGUAUUAUUCAAAUAAUCAAAAGUAUUUAUUAAAUUCUAUAAUUAGGCAGCUUUAUGAGAAAAAUCUUGUGUUCGUGGUUUUUAUUGACAAAUUUUUCAUAUAAUUUUGCAUAUUGCAUCAAUGUGAUUCAAUGCAAAUCUAAUGUCAAAAAUUGCUAGUUGACAAAACUUUUUGUUCGUCAGUUUCUUAAAGUAAGCUGUGUCAUGAGACUUUAUCAUCGAUUGUUUUAUUGGUUUCACAUGAAUUGCACAUUUUAUGGAAAACUCUCUGAAUCAUUCAAUUCAUUAUUCAGUUAUAUUCAUUCAGUUAUAUUGCAUUGUGAUUGUAAAAAAUACCGAAGACGCCAAAGAAAAUUUCUUUGUUGUAAAACAGUACAUGGCUGUUUUUUGGUAUUUUAUAGUAAAUAGUCUUGGAUGCAAAAUGUGUAAGAAAGGGGACUUUAUGUCACAAGUACUUUAUUUGAAUGUAAUAUUUAUAUUUUAUUAUGGUAAAUAUUUAAGAAAUUUGCUCUUGGCAAGGCUAUUGAUAAGCAAUUACUUUAUAAUCAGAUCUCAAUCUAAUACAAUUUGCCUUAGACAGGCUGGUGUGUUUAGGAAUACUCUUUUACUGAACAGCUUUCAAACUCCAAACCUUGCAACAGUCAACAUGAGGUGUACAUAUGGAUCGUUUUAUUUAACUAUCGUUGUUGUGUUAGUCUUGUCUAAGUGCUCCUGGUUGUUGUGGUAUUUUCCCUCAAUGUUUUUCAUUUCAAUUCAUGGGAAGUUGACUGUCGUGCCCACGUAUUUGAGAUAUCUUGUUAAUUCUAACAACACAUUAAAAAAAAAUACCGAUAUAGUUCUUGUUAUAGUUUAUAAUCUUGGAUAAACCAAUUAAUUUUUAUGGACGUUUGCAAUAGUAAUUGGCAGUUAUGAAGAAUGCGCUUUGGCUUAAUAAGAAUGAGUUCAAUUGUUUUUAUGCACUCAAUUAUUGAAUAUUACAUUCGGUGACAAUGAUUUAUUGUUUUAGUAUCUAUGUGUUUAUUAAAUAUUGAAAUUGUUAUUUUUGUUACGAAUAGAUAUUGAACAUCGCUUCAUGCCAGAAAUACAUAUAAAUCAAAUCUAUUAAUGUGCAUUGAAUAUGAUCGGCAUAAAUGCAAUGUAAAAAUGUUCAAAUGUGUUUCAUAUGGAGUACGCAACCGAGGUCAUUAAGAACAUAUUCUGAAAAAACAUCAUCUUUGUGCAAAUCAUCCCAGAUUACUGACAUUUUUGGGUAGCCUACAAUCAUACGCACAGUUUAAAAAACAUUUUCAUAUGCAUAGAAGUAGGCUAAUUAGGAAUUUCAUGGGUUUCCCCUUUUUUGGGUUACCCUGCGUUUUAGCGAUAUGAUUUCUAACAUAGAAUCAUAGAUGUAACAUGUAAGCAUACGUUAUAUUUGAAUGAUGUCGCUCGUAUAUGUCAUAAAUUAGUGAUUGAUAUCAAGCUUCCAUUUAUUUAUUUUUGUAAAGGAUAUGUGUGACAUGUGAGAAUGAUUCAUUAACUAUGUUGCUUAAAAGUUGUAUUAUUAUCAAUCCAAUUAAUCCUACAAGGUAUGAUCUCAUUUACGUCAUUCAGAUUUUCUAUAUAUAGUUUAGAAGAGUUCUUUCAGUUCAUUACUUAGUCUUAUUCAUUUUUUUAUAUUUAUUUCUAUGUUGUGAUAAGUUUUUUCUUGUCUCUUGUUUUUUGUCUAAUUUUUCUUAAAUACAUAAGUCUCAUAUAGUAUUUAUUCUAGUAAAAUCAUGUAUUAUUGCCAUCUAUAUUUCUGUCAGGAAACAGAUUCGCUUUCAUUUUUUACUUGUUUAAUUAAUGAUAAUAUCAAAAAAUAUUCCCUUUUUCAUAUACCGGUAUAUUGAUUUGCUAUAUUAUGCCUUGUUUUGUUUCUAUGUUUUGUUCACGUCAUGAUUAGGUAUAAUUGGCAGGUAUUAUUGGAAAUAUGUUAAUAAUAACUCUAUAAUAUAUUAUUGCAAUUAUUAUGAACACCUGACUAUCAAUAUGUCCAGAUAGGGGCAAUUGAUCACACUCAUUUUGGGAACUAUUUGGGUUCAAUGUGAAAGAGUGUCUAAUUUAUGUAAUAUUUAUAUAAAUUGAUUGCAUUCUAAAGAAAUUCUCACUGGCGGAAUAAUCUUUAUCUAUUUAUACUUACAUAAAUCUGUCAGUUUAGUUGUUUUAUCGAUAUCAAGCUUAUAACAAAAGAAUUCUGUAUAUGGGUGUAUUUAAUGUAAGUCUUGUUGCAAUCAAAUCGAUUCUCAGAAUAUCUUAUUAACCAGGUUUGUUAUAUUUCAAUCAGUGCUUAUUUGAGUUUUUUACCUCAUUGAAUACACCUUUAUUUGCACACCAUUGCACUAAUUACAUCAAAGAUCUUUUUACCUAAUUUAAUAUGGAAUUUAUGAACAACCAGCAUUUCCAUGCUAUACUUAUUUAUGUCAUAUGCUUAUUAUUAAAAUUCCCAAACCAUUGUUUUAGAAUAUUUUUUAUAUACAACAAUGAAUACUGAAACCUAUACUAUUAUAGUUCAAUGUUAAUCAUUUGGUGACUGAUGCACAAUGUCACGGAAAAACGUCAACGUGUUUUCAAGACAAAGAAGCUCUAGUUUAAAAGAAAAAUUCUUUGCAAAUAGGGACAGGAAAAAGUCACAAAGUACAAGAGCUCGAAUACAAAGCACAGGAGGACUGCGGUCAUGUUCAGCAUCAGAAGCACCUAGUCUUGUGUCUACCACCAAGUACAAGUUUGUCAAGGAGGCCAAUGUACGCGUCUACACUCUUGACAACAUGUCUCGUAGUGCCUGGGAGAAACUUAUCAAUCACACAAGGUUUCCAUGGAGUUGGGACACGUUUACGGUCAUCCUUGGGGAUACAGAGUUGCAUUCUCCCACGGCUGUUGGGGUAUUUUCCGAACCUAUUCCAUACAUCAAUAUAGAUACAUGGAUGACCAUCAGCAUUCCUCAUUUGUCUUUCCAUCUUAUAAAGCUCGUCUGUAACGAUGCUUCCUACUUGAUUCAGGCACCUGAUGCAUAUCAAAGAGACAGAUUAUUGCACUCUGUUGAAUGGAAGAAAAAAGUUUGCAAAUACAAGAAAAGUCUGUCUUCUAGUUCAAAACCAGAAACUACAUUACAGGAACUGCAGAAAUUAGUCAAAUUGACUCUUGAUGGACCGUUGUAUAUUGAUGAUACUCACAAUACAUUGUUGGAUAUUGUAUCCAAUCUAAUUUCCAGAAACCAGGAUGUGGUCAACUCAGUGUCGAAUGAAUCUUUGAUAACUACGUUAGCACCACUUUUUGAGAAGAACGAACCUUCAAUCGAAAUAUGCAAUUUUUUCACAAAGCAUUGUCGGGAUUGUCCUCGUUCAAGAGUGGUUAUUGACAUGUUCAUGCCGGUUGUUCUACGAAUUCUAAAAUACAACACGAAUUAUGGAAAAUCUAUGUGGCUUCGAACCUUUGUUAAAGAAUAUAUUCAAGCACUAAGCAUGCAAAAUGAUGGGGAAGAAGCUGUUCGAGCGUUCGUUCGCAAUAUUCAUGGACCACUGAGUGUCUGUCCUCAUAAUCGCAUAUUGAAUAACCUCGUUGCAGUUUGUUUAGCAGCGAUUUAUGACAGUUUUUCAUCUGAUAGUGACAACAAAGUUGGCAAGAAAGGCAAACAUCAUGGGAACUUUAUUCAAAAAAAUCUGGUAUCAAGAUCUCGAGAAAACUCCAACACCAUUGAAAAUUGUAAUGAUGAAAACAGGGAUCCACGGUCAACAACUUUGAAAGACUCACCCAAAAAUCAAAACGUUCCUGAGAAAGAACUCUGGGACAUUGUCGCUACAAAAUACAGCAAAAAUGCAAUGACAAGCAAAAACAAUAACGUCGUACCAGAGGAUGAACCUGAGAAAUUACAGACUAGCAAAAUGAAUGUGAUUCAUAAUAAUGAACAAAAGAAUCCACAAGAGAAAAAUGCAGAGGAAUCAUCUCCUGAUAUCAAAACGGCAAUACUUUUUGCACAAGUCUUAGAUGAAGUAUCAUCAAUACCUGAUUGGCUGUCUGCACUAGCUGUUAUUCUUCAGCCUGUGCCAUUUCAGAAAAUAGCUAUGCAAGAUGAAGACUUUUUGAGAUACGUUGUUCAAAUUAUUGAAAGAAUUGCUGCAAAUGGACAAGACAAAGUUGUUUGGUGUCUUACCGGUGUCAGAGAGCAAAAAGAUGGCUGGUUGCAAAUAUUCAGUCCUCAAAGUAAUUUAUGCCAAGAUGAAGGCGUUUUGUUCACAAAAAUGACAACAGCUCUCCUUGCAUCAGCAAAAAAGACAUGCAAAGUAAAGAAAUUUGUCACAGUAUUAGUGAAUACUUGUCUCGAUGCUGUUCUGCUGCUCGCUUUGAGGGAAUCGGAUAUUAUGAACGAAGUUUUAUGCCUUAUAUUGGAAUACAAUCUUGCUGAGGGUCAGCGGAAAAUUCAGAUUAUCUCAACAUUGAGAGGAACCACUAUCGGGAGUGAUUUCUACGAAAAAUUAUGCAAACAAGAAAUGAUUUUGAGACAAAAAGGUGGACCAGACGAAUUCACUUUGCCACCUAGAUCAACGGAUCAAGAUCUUCACAAAUUUCUUAGCAGUGGUUCCUACGGUAACCUGAAAAAUCUUAAUCUUUCGUUCACAAGAAUCUCAUGUAAAUCAGCAGAAAUCAUCUCGAAACUUCCUUCGCUACAACACUUGAACUUAUGGUCAAGCAGUAUUCAAGAUCUGGGAUUGCGAAGAUUGUGUGAAAGUUUGAAUUUAACGUCGUUGAAUUUAUGUGAGACACAUGUGGGGGAUGAUAGCAUAAGAUGCUUGAAAGAUAUGACCAACCUGACGAAUCUGAAUUUGAACAGCACUGAAGUUUCCGAUACAGUUUUCCAAGAGUUGCGAAGAUCUCUUCCCAAUCUUGUCAAGUUUGACGUUAGUUAUACUUAUGCCUGGCCUGCGACACCAGAACAAAUACAAUCAAACAACGCUAUACCUGCAAAACCAUCAUCAGAUCCUCCAAAAAAACUCGAGUACAAGCAAAACGUAUAGUUUUUUCAUGCCUGAUUCUUCAACAUUUAUGCUUUUUUUCCUAUAUUUGGAUUGUCUAUUUUUCUUGGUAAAACAGCCUUGCCAUUUUAAUUCGUCUACUUUUUUGUACUUUGUGUUAUAAAUGGAAUCUGUGCUGAAUGACAGGAUAUAAAAAGUUAAUUUCAGUGAACAAUCUUCGCAAUUUGAUAUAGAUUGAUUAGGGGUUUUCAUCAUAUUGUAUCCCAAAGCGAAAUUGAAAACAAUCUGUAUGCAUAUUAAAAUAGGCAAUUAUUGAUCACAGACUAGAGUAGUCAAGUAGCUUUGAAAAACAACUCAUUAAAAUUUGAACCUUUUCAUUUCCGAAUGUGUUACAGCAAAUUGAAUACUUAUACAAUUGACCAAAUAACAUUAUACCCAGGUUCUAUAUGAUUUCACGUAAGUGCAACAAUUUUUUUUUGCUUUUAAUUUUUUUUUCAAUAAUGCAUAUUUUUUAAUGCUAAGUUUUGUAUUCAGAAAUCAUGUUACUACAUUAUUAAUAUUGUCUAUUUUUGUAGAUAGAGUGUUUGCCCUAAUUACUUAAUUUUUUUUGUGUUUAAAAGAGCAUUACGUUUUGCAGCUUUCAGCUCAAUACAAAUUCUUGAUUUUGAGCAACUUGUCCCUUCUAAUAAGCAUUUAUUCUAAUAUGCUUCAUCAAUGUUUCCCUAUUUCUUAUUUAUGUGUGAUUUUUAAUGUAAAUUCACAGGACUGAAUAUUGGGGAAAUUAGCUCUAAAUGCGUACUUGAUUUCCAAAUGUUUGUAGGCUCGAUUGUUUUGAAUGCUUUGCAAACUAUGAUAUGUAAGAUAAUAGUUAAACAAGAUAAUAAAACAGCAUGAUUAUAUGGUGCAUCAAAGCAUAGUUGGGAUAUGCCACAUUUGGUCCAACGAUGAAUAAAACAAUUCACAGAACAAAAUCCAGGGGCAAAAUAAUUCUCUUUCACACGAUUAUCUUUAAUUUUAAAAUAAAGUGAUAAUAUGUAGCAUGGCUGUGGGAAAAUUACACCAGACUCGAAGGGAUCAUUCAAAAAAUGACUCGGGCUCUCACUUCAAUGAGAUUUUGACUCUCAAUACGAGCUCUUACAAAACCAUAUUUUGUAGCAAGUUUUGGAGUAUGCUAGCCUUUAUAUUUGUCUUUAUACUUGAGCAUCUCCAUACUUUUUGUUUCUCCCGUGAAUUUGACUUUAUUAUAAUGUCCGACUCCCAUGAAUUUAAUCAUAAGUAAGAAAAUACCACCUGCGGUGGUCAAUGGUUCAAUGCCAAGUUUAUGAGGCUUAGCCGUGAUGAGUCUUAGUUUAUAUUUUACAGAAAAACAUGAUCAAAUUGCCUCCUGCAAUUCAUUGUUUUCAGUAUUCGAUAUUCAGAAGUGUUUUUUCUCAACUUUCUUUAUACGGAGGGCAUUUCGCAAACAAUUUUUUUCUUUUGGCCAUCUCAAUGAUGUGCAUAUCAGCUAGUUCUGAUAAAAUAAAUGUGUUCAAAAACA